CAAGAUUGCUCGCCUUUGAUAAGGUCCUGACCACGCACACUCAAUAGUCAUGACAAAAAUAGAAGAUAGUGAGUCAGGAAAUCGAAACACGCUUGUCCACACAUGUGCGAGGGAUAAACACGCUAAAUCCAACACAUUUUGUUCGGUUUUUGUCAUUUAAAAAGCCACGGCUGUCGUUGGUGUUUUUAUGUAGCUUCCAGGACCCGGCAGUCGGCUCUUUUACUUUGAAGUGCGCCUCCCCGCAGCACUGGCGGCUCAGUCUGAGCUGGAGUCGCCUUGAGGAGAGCCACAGUCGCUCCAUGGCCGCCUGAAAGCACCGCCAGCAGGACUAGGAGGGAGGUGGAGACUAGGAGGAGGGGAGGAAAGCACUGUUUUUCCCCCUUUCUCUCCUUCUUUCUCUCGUCAGUACAUUUUUCCUCGCCGCCAAAGCGUGGACGGACUGAACGUGGCAAAGGAAAGGGCUGCCACUCUGGAUUAUAACGCUUUGUGGAUAAUUCCUACUUUUGUUUUAUUUUCACUUUUUCCAACACAUUUAAGGAGUGAACUCUUGGGGGUCGAUGAGAGAAGACGGGCUGCUGGAGAAGAAGCUCCCUGCUGACAUAAGAGAGUGAGGAGAUUACAGGAGAAGCUAAGAAGGCGGAACAACACUAGGGUCUCUCUCCUCCUCUCCGCUGCCUUCAAGAGCCAUGAGCUGGCUGCUCGUGGACCACAUCUCUAGUAGUUUCCGUGAGGAUGCUCCCCGACCCCCGGUGCCCGGGGAGGAGGGCGAGGCGCCCUGCUACCCCUCCAAACGCGCCAUAAUGAAACCGGAGCCCCCCAAAUCUGUCGCGCUCAUCAGCCCUCCGGGCUCCUCGGCCAGGAGGAACGAGGAUGGUCUCGGGGAGCCCGAGGGGAGCGCCUCCCCGGACUCGCCGCUCUCCCGAUGGACCAAAUCUCUGCAUUCUCUCCUCGGCGACCAGGACGGUGCUCUUCUUUUUAGGACAUUCCUGGAGGGAGAGAAGUGCGCCGACACUUUGGACUUUUGGUUCGCCUGCAAUGGCUUCCGGCAGAUGGACCUCAAGGAUACCAAAACACAGCGAGUGGCCAAAGCCAUUUACAAGCGCUACAUCGAAAACAACAGCAUCGUCGCCAAGCAGCUCAAACCCGCAACCAAGACCUUCAUCCGGGAUAACAUCAAGAAGCAGCACAUCGACUCUGCCAUGUUUGAUCAGGCGCAGAUGGAGAUCCAGAGCAACAUGGAGGAGAACGCCUACCAGAUGUUCCUGACCUCUGACAUUUUCUUCAAGUUCGUGAGGAGCGGCGGAGAGAACCCCAAUCACGUGAACCCCAACGGCUUGGGCGACCUGCAGGUCAUGUGUGGAUAUCUGCCCACGCUCAACGAGGAGGAGGAGUGGAGUUUUGACUUCAAAACCAAAGUCCAUACCGGACUGCUGGUGAAGACGCAAAGGGCGCACGUGUCCAUGAGGGGGGUGGAGGUCAUGGAGAGGGGCUACAGGUCAUAUAAGGGAGAUGUGUGUCACAUGGGCUCCUUCGCCCCCGUCAGCAGCACAAAUGACAGCGAAGUGUCCAGCGAUGCGUUGACGGACGAUUCCCUGUCUGUGACUGACAGCAGCGUUGAUGGUAUCCCUCCUUACAAACUGAGCUCCAAGAAGCAGCUUCACAGGGAGAUGCAACGUAACGUGAGGAUGAACAGCCAAGUGUCUCUGCCUGCUUUCCCUCGCACCCGUUGUCCUCCCAAGGAGGGGGUCCCAGUGGAGCCGGCAAAGUUUGCAGCCCAGCUCAUCUCGCGCCUGGAGAGCCUGAAGAGGGAACAGGACACCCUCAGCUCUCUGGAGGUGAGGCUGCAGCAGAUCCAGGAGGAGGAGGAAAGAGAGGACACAGAGGUGGCAGGAAGUGCUCAGCAGAUCUCUCCUCAUCCACUCGCUCUCCUUCCCGGCUCCUCCGAGGAAGACCCUCAGGCUAUCCUGGACGAGCACCUUUCCCGUGUCCUAAAGACACCCGGCUGCCAGUCCCCCACCGUUAUCUGGCACUCGCCCCGCUCCAGCUCGCCGGAACACCGACCCUUUGCCCGAGCAGGUUUUGGACUCAAGGCUUCUCUGUCCAGUCCCGAACAGGGGUCCUUUAAGCUCACCCUGGGCCCCGGCGGGACCCUAGCGAGCAGGCAGAGCACCACAAAGCACAUUCACCACCACUACAUCCACCAUCAUGCUGGACCCAAGACCAAGGAGCAGUUUGAGAGGGAGGCGGCUCUCAGGGUGCGUGCUCUGUGCUCCAGCAGCGGCGGCGACUGCCCACCUUGCCAGCCUUACCAGCGCAGCCGCAGCCUGGGUCGAGAAAUGUGCGGUGCCAUCUCCGCGGACACCAGCAUGGGGCGUUCCAGCUCUUUGUCCAGACGAGUGUGUCGUUCUGGGGCUGAGGAGGGGGUAGCGGAGCAGUGCGUGGAGGACUGCGACGCCCUGCAGCUGCCCAGCGACACCACAGACCCCACUCAGAAUGUCUUGCAGUGGAUCCUUGAAAGCAAACGUCAGGGAAGGCACAAGUUGAGCAGCACCCAGAGCACCAAAAAAUCAUUUGGCGGGUCCUCGACCCAGACGCACACAUGGGGUGGAGGCGGCAACUGUGCUCACCUGCGAGGGCACCAGCCGUCCCAGCCCUUCAUCCAAGACCCCGCCAUGCCACCGCUGCCACCUCCUAACACUCUGGCCCAGCUGGAGGAGGCCUGCCGCCGACUGGAGGAGGUCUCUGUUAAGACCACCAAGCAAAGGCAUUCACUGUCCAGUCUCCAGCGGGACAAGAGCCACCUUGUGCCUGUGCAGAGUGCGGGGUCCACCCCCAUGUCUCACGCCAAUCCUAACCCCACUACAACCACCACCAGCAGCAGCAGCAGCCUCUGCCUCCAAUCAGACGACACAACAGAGUGUCGAAAGAGUCUCGCAAGCCAUGGGCUCUGCAGCGGGGAGACGGUGGUCACCUACUUCUUCUGCGGGGAGGAGAUCCCCUAUAGGAGGACCAUGAAGAGCCACAGUCUCACCCUGGGCCACUUUAAGGAGCAGCUGCGCAAAAGGGGAAACUACAGGUACUAUUUCAAGAAAGCCAGUGACGAGUUUGAGUGCGGCGCCGUGUUCGAGGAAGUGUCGGACGACUGUUCCUUGCUGCCCACCUACGAGGGCAAGAUCCUGGGCAAGGUGGAGAGGAUGGAGUGAGGCGUCCUGUCCUCCACAUGAACAAAGCGGCUUAAGAGUUGGACUGUAUAAAGAUUGUAGACUCUGAAGGUGAACGACCACUCGUCCACAAAGCCCCGCCCCCCUGAAGGUGUACAUUGCAUCCCAUUGUAUUGUCGUGUAAGGAUCUCUAUUGCUUAUUUAUUGAAGGUGACCCCCGCCACCCACCCAACUCCCCCCCAGCCCCAAACUCACUCUCUAUGGACAUGCUGCUUGGUGACGAACAAAACUACUCCACAUUCUUUGGAUCCUCACUUGUACCUCUACGGGAAAAAAAAAAAACACGUUUCCGGGGGGAUUUUUAGUGGGACAUGCAAGUUCCAUGUUGAAUAAUAUAUAAACUACUGCAGUGCUAUUUGUCCCCCCUCCCCUGCUAAGAGUGGAGCAUAUAUGACAACUGUAUUAUUUAAUUGUGCCCAGCUCGCCUUGAUCUGUCUCGUCUUAGUGCCUUUUGUUUGAGUGGCGCCGGCGUUGCACAAAUAGCCUUCGCACAAGAGGCCAUCAAGCCCCUCCCCCACUUCUUUUAAAAAAUAAUUAUAUAUAUAUAUAUAAUAAUGUGUUUACAUCCCAACAGAAGCUCUAUAACCCCCCCUCCCUAUGUGCUUAUUAUGUAUGUGUGACUGAGCUGAUUAGUGUGUUGCAAGUGAUGACGAUGUACAUGUCACAUCGAGUACAGCAGCUGUGCCUACAUGGAUUCUUGCCGUGUUUGACCCCGUUUUAAGGGGUCCUCUUACUCCCUUGGUUUUCACAAGGGCCACCCCCGCGCCCCCCUUCAAAAAAAAAAGAUAUUUUUAUGCCAUUUUUAUGAUUAGUAUCUUGUUUCAUCAUCCUUUCUAAUAUUUUUCAUGGCUUCCUUCGGCUCCACUUAAACUGUAAAUGAUGCGUUCGAUAGAGCUCGGUACUUUUAAUUAUUGUAAUUAUGAAGAGAUGUAGCCUUUAUUAAAAUGUUCUAUUUUUCAAAUGAG